AUGAACCUGAAAAGGCGCAAUCAAAGGACGGGGCCCUUUCUUCAACAGACCUGGAUCAACGGAGUCGCACCCUUGCGAAAUUCAGUCAUGGGUGUGAAUCUUUCCACCCCAAAGCAUUUGUCGGGUCAAGAUGAUGGCGCCCCUCCGCAGAAGCGCCUUCGCCUGUCUUCUCCGGACCCUCUCGAAAAUGACCGGUACCAUGCUUCGCAUGACACGCCAGAGUCCCUCUCCGCUUUACGCGUCGAGGUUCUUAAAGUUCUUCACAAGGACUCUAAAAAAGUCCGAGCCCUCCAGACCACUGUUGUUGAGCCCCGCGAUAUUGUCACCAUCAAGGGCAGAUGUCGCAUAACCGUCUCCGACGUGAGUGAGGGCUUCCCCAAUAUCUUGUACCGCUGCUGCAAGAACUGCGACAUUAUCACCUACAAAAAUCCCGUUGGCCCUCACCGCGUCGCCCGGGUUAGCCUGCCCCAGCCGUUCCUCGUGCCUGAAGAGAGCAUCAAAGUUAAUAGGCAUGAUGAUGUGUCCAAUGACUUUGCUCAAUCCUACAGGUUGGACGUUGAACUGGAAUCCAUCAAUGAUGGCACAUGGCCUCCCCUCGACUCUCAUGACUUCGGCAUCCCACUGGGCGAGCAGGGUUCCUUCUCCGAUUCUGCCAAGAGCCGGUGGAUUUUCCACAGCGAGGUUGGGGGAGUUUUUGGCAGAAGCAAGACCCCCGUGCGCCUCACAACUGGCCAUCGUCCCGAUCGCCAUUCGCGUCCGACAGACUAUGUCAUGGACGUGGAUCUGCGCUGGACGGCAGGUUUCCGGCCGAUAGCCAAGGGUUCAAAGGCCUGCAUCACCGCAAUUGACCCAGAUACUGAGCCCUACACUACUGGUCAACUUGAGCCUAUCCCCGAUGACCAACUCAACGGCGCCGACGUGUUGAAUGGCGCCAAUGGUGUCAAUGGAGGUGUCAAUGGCACCACUCCUACCAACGGCGUGAAUGGCCUCAAUGGUCUAAAUGGUGUGAACGGCAUCAACGGCGAAAUUGGUGUGAACGGCGUUCACGUUCAUGAAGAUGUCAACGGCACCAAUGGCAUCAACGGCCACGCUCAUGAGGACUCAUCGCAUGAGCCGGACGAUGAAAUGGAUGGUGAACACACCCCCAACCGCGCCCUGAGAACACGAGGGGUCAAGCAGCAGUAUAACCUCAAAAUUCUUAGCGACAAAGCGCAAGGGAAAGAGCGAAAGCCGCGAGCAAGAGCUGCCCAAACGACGCCGGCGGAAGGUCGCGUCACAUACUUCUUGCCGAUUGAUCAGCCUGUGUGCUUGGAUUACUGGCGAUGCGUUAGCUGUGGCACAUUCCACGACUCGCUGCCUCUACUCCAACUUCACCUGCAGACUUAUCAUUUAGAAUACGACUACGCACUCGACAUGACGAGUCAAGGACCGCAUUUCCGAGUGACGCAUCGUAACGAGUCUGUCGCUUCGCCCACGAGGACAUACCAGCUGGGAAAGCCGGUAAAGCCCUGGCAUCUGGAGACGUAUGUGUCGGGCGACCAGUCUUGGGUGACUUCGCGUCUUGGCCCAGACAACAACGAAGAGCCGGCGCGGUCUCCGUCGAAGCAGGCGACUGCAAGGCAGCUCUUUGACUCGAAACCUUCACUACCGCCACAGCCAACGCUGCCACCAAUGCCACGACCUAAGAAGAGAAAGAUCGCCAUCCCCGAGACUAAUUUUCCCCUCUUUGAUCCCGUGAGCAAGGCGCGCCUUGUACCGGGCGAGGACCUGCCGAGGCCUGCGAUUGACAACUCAUGGCUGAUUCAGAAGCAUCGAGAAGACAUUGGGGAAUUUUCGGAUGUUACAACCGACGAGAAAGAAUACAUUCGAAACUGGGACUCAUUCAUUCUCCAGGAAAAUGUCACUUCUGGAACAUACUUCCCGCGCGCCUGGCUUAAAUUUGUCAAGGAGCACGCGUCAUGGCUGGUGGCAGCCAACCCUCGGAUGGUGGAAUUUGGCAAGCACAUGGGUGUUUUGAUGGCUCGUGAUGUCCUCAAUGACAAGAUAAUCGACCAAGCCAUGGAGGUCUUUGAUGAAGCAAGGGCCCAGUUGAAGGCCAAGGCGAAGGAGCAAGCGAACGGCACUGAGGACGCGCAGCCUGCAGAUGCAACGCUGAAACAGUCACCUCGGGCUUCUCAGAUCAUGAAAGGUGCAAACGGUUGUACAGUGUGUCAACUGCCAGUUCUCGGGCCCAGUCUGCUUGUCUGCUCGAACAAGAACUGCUCAAGCCGCCUCUACCACGCUGGGUGCAUUCAACAGACUGCCACCCUCAGCCCAGCGGCUCGUGCCAAAUGGCUUUGUAAUGAAUGUAGCAAGUCGGGAGGAUCCUCGUAG